AACGUCAACGGAGAUGUUUGUAAACGAAAACAGCUGAUGGGUCUGCGCGGUCUGCGUCUUGCAGGCAACUCUCGUUGGUUCGUUUUAGUUUUUGUUUAGCCUAAACGUUUACUUGUGCAAAAUUCUAGCCAAAAAUGUCCCUAUUUCCUGCUUAUUCCACGGACUCCAUUAGUGUUUCGCAAGUGCCGGUUAAACCCACUGACCUUGCAUGGCUGACAAAUCAAAGUUUUAUCGCGAUUCCCAGCACCGCCCCGGCUGAGGAAGACUCGGAGGUGUCGGAACUGGAAGAGAGCAAACCUUCCAGCAGCCAUCAACGGAAGCGAAAAAAGAAAAAGAAACACCACAAGAAGGGUGGAAAGCGACACCGGAAGCACUCCAGCAGUGGUAGCGAUUCGGAAGUGACGAAUCGUGACGAGCAGAAAAAAGUGGAAUCUCCGCCGAUGAGUGUAUCGGAGCUGGAGUACUACACAGAUGUAGAUGCGCUGAAAAUUUAUCUGACGGUAGAGACACUUCACAGACCGGCUUGUCCCAAGUAUAAAUUGGGUCCGUACAGAUUUCCGCAAACGGGACGAGGUGCGUUGAAAAAAAGGAACAAUGCCCAACGGUAUUUUAGGUACUUUAGGAAGUGGAAGGAGGUUUCGAGUGAGAACAAGGUGGGGGGACAAGCGAUCGAUAAGGAGAUGCAACUGGAGAAAGCGGCUAGGAGUGAUUCAUCGGUGGAUAAGUGGAUUGAGUAUUACCAGUACAAAAAGGAACAUCCGAUGCACUUUGACAGCUACCAGAACCAUAAGGCCGAGUUGGCAAUUGUGGAAAGGGCUAUGCAGCGGCACCCGGAUGACGAGCUGUUGAUGGAAUUAUAUCUUGAGGGUAUCGUGAAGGUUUAUCCGACCGAUGAAGUGCUGGAAUUGAUUCAGAAGCAGAUUAAGAUGGAUAAUACGAAUGUUCAGCUGUGGGAUGCGCUGAUUGCUAAUAAGCAGUCGUCGAUGGCGCAGUGCAUUGUGCCGAAUGUGCUUAAAUUGUACGAGAAAAGUAUCCGGUCUUUGUUCCUGGCGAAGAGAAGCGAUGAGGUGAUGUUGAAGUUCUUCAAGAAGUGUGCGAUUUUCUGCAGGCAAGCCGGACUGUGGGAGCAAUUUUUCGCAUUGAUUCAGUUAACUGUUAGCCUGAAUGUGAGUGCAAACUUUGCAAGUGGGAAGCAUUUGUUCGUAUCGCCCGAUCAGUACAGCCAGUUGAUUGAAUAUGAGGAGCUGAUUUUGAAGUCCGGUCUUCCGAUGAACGAAAUUUGGCUUAGGAUUGAAAAGUUGCGAAGUGCCUUCCACUUUUUGCCGUUUCAAGGAUCUCAAAUGUGCAGCGACCCCCAACGGAUGGUUUUGCAGGAAGAUAUUGUGGGAUUCGUCUAUCCGCUGAUCAAUAGGGAGUAUUCUUUUGAUCUUGUGAUUCUGGUUCUAAAAUUGAUGAAAUAUCCAUUCGAAAGUAAUGCUUUUGAGAGGUGUUCGUUUUUUAAAGCCGAGUCAUACGAAUCGGAUCAUCCAGAACAGAUUUUAUCGCUAUUUUUAAAUUUGACCAGAGACAAGAAGAAAGAUUCGAUUAUUUUGAAUCUGAUCAAAGAAUUGACCACACCUCCGUCCUUCAUUAACACAAACCUGGCUUUCGAAUCGUAUUUGGAUGUGUUGCGAGAAUUUCUGGUCUCAGCCGCGGAGCACUUCUCUGAUGUAAAAAAUGUUAUUCUUCUGCUUCUUUACUUGAGGUUGGAACGGAUUCUUUUGGUCUUUGACAGAAACACAAGCCCGCUAGAUGAUCAACGUAAGAAAGCAACUCGGACACGUGUCAAAAAUCUACUGAAGAGAAGCAAAUAUCAGAACAAUUUGAAUUUCUACAUAGAGUACGGAUUGAUCGAAUACGAAAUGGAAGGAUUAGGGCCCAGUUGUCUUAAAAUUUUCAACACUUCAGUACAGGUCUUCUGUGGACAGGACGACAAAUUGCAUGACAACGAUCUCUAUGGCUUGGUUGUAAGAUUUGUCGAGAUUCUUCUAAAGGAAGGCAAAAUGAAACAAGCGAUUGGGGUUCUGACCAAACUUGCUUUGAAUCCUACAACAAUUAGCUUCGAAUCGACGGAAAAUGUCUCAGAUCCAUCUAAACUGUUGGCUCUCCAAAAAUUGAACGACCGCGUUAGUCAGUACCUGUCUGAGGAUUUCCAUGCAGAGAACAUGCCAGUGGAGCAGUACUUCAUCACAAGCCCGUUAACUAACAGCAUUUAUGCAUAUCUGUACUAUCUCGCCCUGAUCAAGUCGAAAGCGGAAACGGUCAAACGGAUCGAUGGGCUACUCUUCCACUUCAACGACCAAGACAACCCGAUGCAUCGCUUUAUUCGGGAGCAAAUUUACGAAAUCUAUCUAAAAGUCCUGGAGUUCCGCUUGGAAGAAUUCACCACCGAUUGUUUCCUUCAGGUCGUCGAUCGGGUCCUACAUGAAUAUCCGGAGAACCUGACCACCAUUCGAAUGUGCACCUUCUCGGAGUCCCUAUCGUGGUUCCAGAUCCGCACCAUUCUUGGAAAGCACUUGACCGUUAAAUCUGUCCUCUUGAUGGUCACAGCGGCUCGCAUCCGCAGUCUCUAUGCCGCUACCCAUCCGGGGGAGCUGGAAAACAGCAGCGACGAUCAGGUCUACAAACGAAGAAUCUUGAACCUACUCAAACAUUCGCUACGCAGGGACUCGCCUCUACGGCAGAACGCUCUUCUCUGGCGGUUGUACCUUCGGGAGCUGUUUGACCAACCGUCUUCUCUUCAGGCCGGAGACAACGCACUAGAACAAUGCAAGCGGACACUUUACCUGGCCCUGGAGGCCUGCCCUUGGAACAAAAUGCUAUAUUUGGAUGGUGCGUUCUUCGCUCCACAGGAACUGUCUCAGCUGCUGGAUUUGCUGAUGGAGAAACAACUGCGGAUACACGCCGUACCGGAGGAAUUAGAAAUACUUCGGAACGAAUGA